CGUCACGACGCGCGACGCGGCGCAGGCGCAGAACGUCCCGGGCUUUGCGGCCGAGCGAGUCCCGCGGCUGGAACCCGGAGCCGCUCGCUCGGGGCAGGAGCCCGGGGACCGGGGGCCCAGGCUGCGGUAUUUCAUAGAGAUUGAUGGAAACAGAAACCAAAACUCUUCCCCUGGAGAAUGCAUCCAUCCUUUCAGAGGGCUCCCUGCAGGAAGGGCACCGGUUAUGGAUUGGCAACCUGGACCCCAAAAUCACAGAAUACCACCUUCUCAAGCUCCUGCAAAAGUUCGGCACGGUGAAGCAGUUCGACUUCCUCUUCCACAAGUCCGGUGCCCUGGAGGGUCAGCCUCGGGGCUACUGUUUUGUUAACUUUGAGACCAAGCAGGAAGCGGAGCAAGCCAUCCAGUGUCUCAAUGGCAAGCUGGCUCUGUCCAAGAAGCUGGUGGUACGAUGGGCGCAUGCCCAAGUAAAGAGGUACGAUCACAACAAGAAUGACAAGAUCCUCCCCAUCAGCUUGGAGCCCUCCUCCAGCACUGAGCCCGUUCAGUCCAACCUGAGUGUCACCGCCAAGAUCAAAGCCAUUGAAGCAAAGCUGAAGAUGAUGGCGGAAAACCCUGAUGCGGAGUAUCCAGCCGCUCCGGUGUAUUCCUACUUCAAGCCACCAGAGAAAAAAAGGACUACUCCUUAUUCGAGAACAGCAUGGAAGUCCCGAAGAUGAUGGCUGCAAGUCACCGUCCCGGCCAAAGCAAAUCUGUCGUGACGCCUCCACCCCUCUGCCUUUGUACUUUGUAGGUGUGACCGGUGCUUCCCAACAAAGCACAGUCACAUGUGAGAUUUUGGUGACAUGACAUUUUGGAUCUUCUGAGGGCUUUUUCUUCCCUGAAGUGUGUGUGGAAUUGAGCUUCGUCCAGAAUAAAUAGGAUUGUAUCCAAACUUGUGACUCAAACACUGGGAUGCGCUAGUUGGCAGGUUUGUUUGAUUUCGGAGCUCCAGAAACAACAGAGUGGUGCCAGAAAAGCAAACUUUAAAAAAAAAUCACUAUUUCAAUCAGGAAGCUAAAUUUACUAACAUCCGUCUUAAAAAUAAUAAUAGAGCAUUUUUUCUUGUGCUCAAGUGUCUUUACAACAUAAAAAGUGAGAGAUGGGGAAGGAAGUGAAAUACUUUGAAUCAUGUUCAGAACUGGUAUCCAGAAUUGAUUGUGGCAGUCCCUCUCACUGACUGAAAAGAGAAAGUUCUUGGCAGAAGGAAGCUGAUUCUUUGAACAAAUACUGAGAUCUCUCUCAGAACAUUCAAAAUCCCAGGUAGGAGAACACGGCGAGCAUCUUAAAAACUAUUUGCACAACACUGGUGGUGGGAAUACCCCUGAUUCAAUGCCACUAUGUACCGCAAAUAUUACUGUAAAAGAUUUGUAAUUGACGUUGGUCACAAUAAAAAUAAUUUAAAAAUAAAUAAAUAAAGGAACUAUUUUCAUCGACAAAACCAUAGAAUCAAAUGUCAUAUUAUACACCAACCGUAAGGAAAUUCUAUUUGGAAAUCCAACUUUUAUUCUAUAGCAGUCUUUUUUUAAAAAAAGAACCGUUGAAGCAGUCCUGCCUUCUGUAAUACCAAAUAUUAUUUAGCUGUGGGACAUUCUAAAUUGCUUUUACUGCAUGAGGUUGUUUUUUAUAGCAUGAGAAUGUUCUAUUUGAAAUUGCGUUUUGGUCAGGCUAAAUAGAAGAGCAGACUUUUUCUUUGAAAACCUAUACGUGGCUAGAUGAUUGUCACAAACAUUAUUUCCUAAUCACUGAACUGGGGUCCGAGCGGAAGACAUGUUGCAAGGGCUUAAAAACUCAGGCUCCAGCUUGGACCACUAUAGUAGCGAGCUUGCAGUUUCAGGCAUAAAAGGCCUGGGAGGUGGCAGGCCUUUUAGGUAAUGCUGUUUUUGCAAGAGUCACUUCUCCCUGGGUAGGCUUCGCUCGUGGGAACAAUCCGAGUGGAAAGGCAGCAGAGUUUGAACUGCCCAUGGUAUUGUUUCUUUGGGUCCCGGCCCAGGACCAUGUCUUUGGGCCACAUCAUUGCUUCUUGAGAGGGACUCUUUCGAGCUGUCCCUCACGGUCAUUCCUAGCAAUAGGAAACUUGAUUAGAGGAAUGUAAAAGCUCCCCUGAGGCCUCCAUGAAUCAAGAUUCUUGAACCAAAACUGUAGCGUAGCAAGAGCAAGGUCUCUGGUUUCUUAGACCCCAUAUUGAGAAGUUCUUAGCGCCUUUCUCUAGGUAAAGUCUUUUAGAGAGUUUAGAUAGUGCAUUCUUCCUGCAUUUGUGAGUGAUGUCCAUGAUAAAAAGUUUCUCCCUUCCAUUUGAGGGUUAAUUCCAGGAGGAGGAAGCAUUAGUCCCCCCCCCCUUUUUUUUUUCCUGGUAAAUUCUUAGAGCAUAGAACUCACCAUUUUAUCCUUACAUUCCCAAAGGGUGAUGGUGGAAUAGGACUGACUUAUUGCCAAAUAGUCUUCUAUUUUUAAUAGAAUCAUAGAAAAUAACUCUGAAUUAUAUGGAGUUGUUUCCUUUAGAAACCAGAGCUAUUUAUUUGUAUUUAAAGCGAUGUUUAUUAUUUGUACUGAUUCUGACUCUUCUGUGUGAAUAAACGCACGACAUGGUCUGUGUA